UGCGCUGAAGUAUGUAACACGGACACAGUCAUACAAAUGCGUUUAAUUUGGGGGUGUCUGGCAUGCGAAGCGGUUGUAACCAACGCUACACUGUCCUCAGAAACUAGGACAACGUUGGAUGCGGUACGACAUUACGAAACGGAGUGAUCCCCAAGUGGACAUGCCUGCCGCAGUGGGUGGGCCUGUGGGGUACACCCCACCUGAAGGUGGCUGGGGCUGGGCAGUGGUGGCAGGUGCUUUCAUCUCCAUUGGUUUUUCCUAUGCCUUUCCGAAAUCUAUCACCGUGUUCUUCAAAGACAUUGAGGUGAUCUUUGAUGUCACACCUAGUCAGGUGUCUUGGAUUUCUUCUAUAAUGUUGGCAGUCAUGUACGGAGGAGGUCCAAUCAGCAGCAUUUUGGUAAACAAAUUUGGUAGUCGGCCUAUUAUGAUUCUCGGUGGCUGUCUAGCUGGAUCCGGGUUGGUUGCAGCUUCUUUCUGCAACACAGUGGAGCAGCUAUAUUUCUUCAUUGGAGUGGUCGGAGGUUUGGGAUUGGCAUUCAACUUGAAUCCUGCACUCACUAUGAUUGGCAAAUACUUCUACCUACGCCGGCCAAUCGCUAAUGGUAUUGCUAUGGCUGGCAGUCCUGUGUUUCUGUCCACUUUGGCUCCUAUCAAUACUUGGCUGUAUGAUGAGUUUGGGUGGAGGGGGAGCUUCCUCAUCCUGGGAGGUCUUCUGUUAAAUUGCUGUGUGGCUGGUUCACUGAUGCGACCCAUUGGACCCAAACCACAGCCAUUGAAGCCCAACUCUGAAGUGGAUGUUAACAGAGCUGUUCCAGCACAGCAAAGGUCCAAGAAAACAAUUAUGCAGACAAUCAAUUCCUUUAUCGACCUGACACUCUUUAAACAUCGUGGCUUCCUGCUUUACCUUAUGGGAAAUGUUAUCAUGUUCUUCGGGCUUUUUUCUCCACUUGUCUUCCUUUCUAAUUAUGCCAAGAGUAAGGGCAUCAGCAAAGAAAAGGCAGCCUUCCUUCUGUCAGUGCUGGCUUUUGUUGACAUGGUUGCCCGGCCGUCCAUGGGCCUUCUGGCGAACACCAAAUGGGUCCGUCCUAGGGUGCAGUAUUACUUUGCUGCCUCUGUACUCUACAAUGGCUUAUGUCACGUGCUGGCACCACUGUCGGUGGACUACACAGGAUUUGUGGUUUAUGCCAUCUUCUUUGGCUUUGCUUUUGGCUGGCUUAGUGCAGUAUUGUUUGAGACCCUAAUGGACAUUGUAGGCGCACAGAGAUUUUCUUCAGCUGUAGGUCUGGUCACCAUAGUGGAGUGUGCACCGGUGCUGUUGGGACCACCACUAACAAGCAGUUUUUAUGACUACUAUCACCACUAUGAUUAUACCUACAUCACCUGCGGCAUAAUACUUUUGGUGUCAAGUGUCUUCCUUUUUGUGGGUAUGGGCAUCAACUACCGCCUGCUGCAUAAAGAGGAAGAAAAAAGGGAAAGGGAGGAGCCAAAAGAUGAGUGCACUGUCAUGUUAGAAGUUCCCUCUCUGUCAAAAGCAGGCAGUGGGGAAAGUUAUGACAAGUUGGCUGCCGUCACACUGGAUGAUGUUGCAAAGAUGGACGAGGACACUGCCUAAAAACAAAAUGGACAAAACUGGCUCGCGACACACGUACGCACACACACUUACACUUGAACUGAAACUACAACAUUUUAGUGUUGCUGUUAGAGCCAAAAAUAACUUCUGGAGUGAUAUGACCCUUAUACACAAACUUUAAGCCAUGUAAAACCAUUAUUUUACUAAAAUUAGAGACCAGAUGCUGUGGUGUUGAUUUUUGGCUGCAAAUAAGUUUUUUGCCGUGCUUAGACAUUUGGUUUCUGUGUUUUAUGUGCCUUUUGAUAAGCUUAAGUGUUCUGGGAGCACAGGCACUGAUCACAAAACUCCAAGGGCUUUUUCUCAGGGUCUUUGAGUACUGCAAAGGUUCAGAACCCAGCACACUGCUCUUUACAGAUGUCAGUGGCUCAGAAUCGAACUGUAAAUUUUCUUACAAUAUUACACUAGGUAUUUUUCCUACGUUUGGUACUCAUUAGGAAUGGGACAUAUAAUAAAUGCUCACAUUCAUAGUAUUAAAGGGAUACUUGAAACUAAUAAUGUUGUGUAUGAAAUAAACCUUUGCAGUUAGUACUAUUGUAUGGUGGAAAAAAAACGGAAAAAGUUCAAUAUUUCAAACGGCUAAAAGUAUUGUUUUUCUUUAUAGCAGAGGUGUUAACUUUUCAUUUGUGCAUUUAAAAUAGCAGAAUCCUCAACCUUCCUGUGUGGGGAAAAAAGAAUGCUAAUCACUUAUGUAUUGGCAUAAUUUCAGGACCAUAAACUGCACUGAAAAUUGCAGCUUAAACAAUGAUGUGGCUAAUUUAUGGAAUUUUUACAGGCCGAAAAUUAACAAACAGGUUAGAAAAAAAGUAUUUGUGCAUGUUUCUGUUUAUCAAUAAUUAACUGUAAUAGUCCAAAAAUUACGGUACGUUUGAAGACUUCAGCAUUCUUUUUUUGGUCAUUUUUUUUGGUUAAUGUCAGUAUUUAAUUUAACUUGAGGAGCUUCUACGUGAAUCUG